AUGGCUUCUUCAUGCCAUUUCAUAUUCCUUUCGAUCAUCGCAACUACUGCUCUCCUACGGUGUCUAGAGGUGGCCUCGCUUGACAAACCGGAAUAUUGGUUGACGCCGGAGCGGCACGAAAAAUGGAUGGCGCAAUAUGGCCGAGUUUAUAAAGACGCCGAUGAGAAGCAGCGUCGGUAUAAGAUAUUCAAGGAUAACGCGAACUAUAUCGAAGCCUUCAAUAAGGAGGGGAAGCACAAGUACACUCUCGGCAUUAACCAGUUUACUGAUUUAACGACCGAGGAGUUCGUGUCUACCUACACCGGCGCUCGUCCCCGUAAUGCCACUUUGAUGAGGCGCCCGAAGCCGCUGCGAAAUGACGGUGCCGUCGAUCCACCGACCACCGUAGAUUGGAGAGCCGCAGGUGCAGUAACUUAUGUCAGAGACCAAGGGGCAUGCAGUUCGUGUUGGGCGUUUUCUGCAGUAGCAGCAAUGGAGGGGAUCAUCCAGAUAGUGACGGGACAAUCGACACCUCUGUCGGAGCAAGAGAUCAUAGAUUGCGACUUUACGGACCGCGGAUGUUCGCCGAGCUGGGUCAACAAUGCCUUUCGCUUCGUCGUCUACGCUGGCGGCAUCAAUUCCGAGGCUGACUACCCCUACACCGGGACGCGGAAGUGUUGCGACGUCCAGAAGUUGCAGAACGGCCGAGCAGCUACAAUUUACGGCUACGAGGACGUGCCUCCGAAUGACGAAAACGCGCUCAUGAAUGUGGUGGCAAAUCGACCCGUGUCUGUCAACGUCGAUGCCGCUGCGAUCCAGCACUAUAGCGGUGGCAUCUUCGACGGACCGUGUGGUAGUUCUAUCAAUCACGCUAUGUGCAUCGUCGGGUACGGACAAAAUGACGAUGCGGGAACGAAGUAUUGGAUUGUGAAGAACUCAUGGGGAACAUCGUGGGGAGAUGAAGGAUACAUAUAUUUUCAGAAGGAUGUGGCUGCACCUGAAGGAAUGUGCGGUCUAGCGACGUCUCCGUCUUAUCCGACAAUGUAA